GUUUAAGAACCCAUUGCGCUCUUCCCACCUUUUUUUAUAUACAAAUAAUAUCAAAUUUACAGCUUGACGUUAAACGUAUACACUAAACUACAAGAACGUAAUGAGAUUUGAUAUACUUUUUAAUACUAAAUUUAUGUAUGUAUGUAUGAAUGUAUAUGUAUUAAACGCGUAUUUAAGGAUAAUACAUGCUUGCUUGCAAGCUUGCAUUCACAGAUUACGGAAUAUUGUUAGAAUGUAUUAUAUAUCCCACAUACAUUUAAACAAACACAUACACUCAACAAUAGCAAAGACAAGCACACUGACUCAGCGAUCAUGACGACUAUGAAGGCUUGUAUUCGCGAUUCACGCGGACCCGAUGGACUCACACGCUUUGGCGAUCUACCCAAACCAACGGCCUCGAAAGGCUACGUGGUCGUCAAAGUGAUGGCUGCAUGCUGCAACCCGGUAGACUACAAACUGCCCCAUUUCAUUAUGGGAGGUAUUCCUAUGGGCUUUGAUGUGGCUGGUAUCGUGGAAACCUCUGAGUCCCCUCUUUACAAACCUGGAGAUCAGGUAUUUGGCAAUACCAAGUCAGCUAUUGCAGAAUACUCUCUUUGCGAUGCGACGCACUUGGCUAAAAAGCCCGCAUAUCUUACCUGGGCCCAGGCAGCGGCCAUGCCGCUUGCGUUUGUGACUUCUUAUCAGGCAUACAAGAACUACUGCGAUUUCGAUUUGAAAGACAAGACAGUGCUUGUUAUCGGAGCGUCAGGUGGUUGUGGCUCGGCCGGCGUGAUUCUGGCUAAACACAUGGGUGCCAAGGAUGUGGUGGGUGUGUGCAGUGGGAAGAACGCCGAUUUUGUGCGGGGACUGGGAGCUACGGACAUCUGUGACUACAAAUCAGAAAAUAUAUUAGACAAGUACGGGGCGAAGCAUUUUGAUGUGGUGUACGAUUGUGCCUCGUCGUCUGGCGGCGGUGAGAAUUACUUUGAGGAGUCGUUUAAAGUGCUGAAGGAUGAAGGUCAGAUCGUGGCUCUUAAUGGUCCUCCGACUUCGUGGGUUCGAAAGUUCAUACGUUGGGAAGCAAAAGGCAUGAAACUCUUACUCACGGACAACACUGACGCGAAAACAACGCUCGAAAAUAUUUUUCAGAUAUGCGGACCUGGUCUAAAACCACCUGUGCACGACCCAGUGUAUAGCUUUGAUCAAGAGGGGUUAACGGCUGGAUACAAGAUGUUGCAAUCGAGGCGCGCACAAGGAAAAGUGGCAUUCAACGUUGGUGGCUGGUAGAACAUAGAACAGUUUGCAAUGAAUGUUGACAUAUCUCUCUCUCUCUGUGUAUGUGGUACAGUGGUGUGGCUAGAGGUAAUUCAAUCAUGAUUACUUCUGUUGUCUUUGCGUCGCAUAGUGCACUGUAGCUUACUGACAACAGUGCAUAAGUCGAGGUGUGCAUGCAUUAAAUUUCUAAUCAGAUAUUGGUAUAGGACGGAAGUACACGGGAUAGUUCACAUUCAUUCUCGCGAGAUAUCGAUUAAUUGAUCGCGCCAUGAUAUAAUAGUUUGUUUAUGCACGAUGUGAUAGUGGUCUGGAAAUACAUUGAUGUAUACGCGGCAUGGAUGCGAUCACGCCUUAGCAUAUUUGUUUGCCUAGUGUGGUGUCGCUUUGAUCCGCGUGCCAAUAUUGUUUUCAGAUUCGUUCGUAUUUUGAAAAGUUUAUAGAGCCAACACGUAGCAAUAAAUAUAACACAUACAGACAAAAUGUCCUGCUACGUACUUUAUUUAAAUUCACGAUGCUAUAAGCGGGCGCACGGAAUGCAGUUAAAACGAGUUUCGUCGAACGCGUCAGUCAGUCAGUGGCAUAUUUAAAUAAAAGACCGAAUCAUGUGG